AUGCUCUUCCCCGGGGACACCUCCUGCAACAUCACGGCCGGAAACUGCACCCGAGGCUUCGACCUGGACCCCGGACCCCCCGCGGGGAACCUCAGCGGCAGGAGGAACGCCACGGACCCGUUCGGACGCAACGAGGAGGUGGCCAAGCUCGAGAUCACCGUCCUGAGCCUGUCCUUCAUCGCCGCGGUGGUCGGGAACCUGUUCGUCCUGCUGGCCAUGCAACGGACCCGGAGGAAGCCCUCCCGCAUGCACCUGUUCAUGAAGCACCUGAGUCUGGCGGACCUGGUGGUCGCCUUCUUCCAGGUGCUGCCGCAGCUCUGCUGGGAGGUCACCUACCGCUUCUACGGGCCCGACGUCCUGUGCCGCAUCGUGAAGCACCUGCAGGUCCUGGGCAUGUUCGCCUCCACCUACAUGAUGGUGAUGAUGACCCUGGACCGCUACAUCGCCAUCUGCCACCCGCUGCAGACCCUCCAGAAGCCCACGCAGCGCGCCUACCUGAUGAUCGGCUCCACCUGGUUCCUCAGCCUGGUCCUCAGCAGCCCACAGUACCUGGUGUUCUCCCUGAGCGAGGUGCGAGCCGGCUCGGCCGUGUUCGACUGCUGGGGCCACUUCAUCCAGCCGUGGGGCGCGCGGGCCUACAUCACCUGGUUCACCGCCGGGAUCUUCCUCGUGCCCGUGCUCGUGCUCAUGCUCUGCUACGGGUUCAUCUGCAGAGCCAUCUGGCAGAACCUGAGGUUCAAGACCCGCAGGAAGAGCGUGGGGGCCGUGGUGGAGUCCACGAAGACCGGGAUCCUGGGCCCGAGCUCCGUCAGCAGCGUCAGCACCAUCUCCCGGGCCAAAUUACGCACGGUGAAGAUGACUUUCGUGAUCGUGGUGGCGUACGUGGUGUGUUGGGCGCCGUUCUUCACCGUGCAGAUGUGGUCCGUGUGGGAUGAGACCUUCUCCUGGGACGACUCUGAGAACACCAUCGUGACGCUGUCCGCUCUGCUGGCCAGCCUCAACAGCUGCUGCAACCCCUGGAUCUACAUGAUCUUCAGCGGACACCUGCUCUCGGACUUCGCCGGCAGCCUGCCGUGCUGCCGCCGGCUCAGGAGAAAGUUCAGCCACCAGGAUUCGGACAGCAGCAGCCGCCGGACCACGCUGCUGUCCCGCCUGCAGGGCCCGCGCCUUUCAGAGCCGUUCAGAGACUUGAAUUCCAACCCUGGGAAACACUGUCAGCAGGUCCCGUCCACAUCCUGA